UUGGUUGGGUGUGCAGCAUUAGGGAUUGGAAUCUGGUUGCUGGUAACAGAUUUUGGUGCACGGAAAGUGACUCCCAUAGUGGGUAACCAGUUGUACGAGGUGACGACGUAUUUGUUGAUAGCAGGAGGAGGGGCAGUUGCACUGCUGGCUUUCUGUGGCUGCUGCGGGACCAUAAGAGAGGACAAGUGUGUGCUUUCCUUUUAUGGGACUACACUUGCAAUUGUUCUGAUUGUGUUGGGAGCAGCAUGUGGGCUGGCAUUCUUCUUCAGAAGUGAACUAGCACACAAGAUACAAGACAGGAUGCGAGACACACUGUCAGUAAAUUAUGGCUACGAUGUGCGGACAAACACAGAGAACAGACGCAUCACAGAAGCUUGGGAUGCUAUGCAAAGACAGCUAGAAUGUUGUGGAGUUGUAGGCAAUGUUACCUCAUUCGAUUCCUGGAUGUACUUUAUGUCAAAGACGAAAUGGUCUGGAGUGAAAAAGGGUCCAAACAGACGAGUACCAGACAGUUGCUGUGCACCUGGCGACCUAAACAUGUGUAUUGGAGAGGCUGAAUUCCACGGACCCCCACGUUUUUUCCAUGGCCACAGGGAGGAUCUGAGGAAAACCAACCCAUAUUUGUAUACAAAUGGCUGCUACGACAGGUUAAUAGACCAUCUGAAACAGUAUUCAGCAAUUGUUGGGACUGUCGCAGCCAUUGUGCCUCUAUUUUUGGUUUUUGGAAUUGUGAUAUCGUUUUGCCUGUGUGCUAGAGUGUCCGGAUAUGCACAAGAGGAUGAUGUAUAA